AUGGACGCUGUUGAUAUUUGUUUCUUGACGGUACAUGUGCUGACAGUUGUCGAAGGACGAAAUAUAAAACGUAAAGAUUUAUUUAGCGAAAGUGAUCCGUUCGUUCAAAUUUAUCUCGACGAUAAACAUAUCAAGCAGAAGACUCGAGUGAAGCAUAACUCGAAGAAUCCACAAUGGAAUCAAAUUCUCGUCUUGAAUCAUUUACACGGACAAGAUACUCUUCAUGUCGAUGUUUGUGACGACGAUAAGAUCAAAUAUGACAAAAUAGGCUCGUUCGAAAUCGAUUUGCAUGAGCUGUAUGAAAAACAUCGUAUUGAGAAUUGUAUCAACCGUUAA